AAUUAGGCAUUAGCUACAUUUUUAACCUUGCUUCAAUGACCUAUUUACCAACCGUUAAAUUCAUCUGUUUAAUAGCUAGAAAUGAAUAAUGGAAUAUUGGAGCGUUUCGUUCCGUUAUUUUGAAAACAUUUUGCAAUUAGUCGUUGUUGCAUGAUGAUAAUGCACAUUUUUCUUUAAUCGAUAAUGUUUUUGAAAAUAGGCUUGCGUGCGUGGACCACUACCAUUUGUUUUUUCAGCUUCCGCAAUUUUUGCUUAUGUGAUUUCGGUUUUGUCCCUGCAUUAUUCAUCCACUUCAUUUUUAAUUUCAAUUUCAAUUUUUUGCAAUAAUUCAUAAACAGACUUACACUUUUAAUUUGCAAAAUUCCCCUCCUCUGAUUUCUCAUAUCUUGAGCACUUGUUUUAGAUGAUAGAUUAGGAGCAACAGUUCAAAGCAGAAAAGCUCCAACCUUUAUACCCUUUAGUUUCUAUUGUGAGCAGGGUUGGUUGGUUUGUGAGUGAGGCUGAGGGGAAAGGGGAGUGAUUGUGAGGGACGUUUUCCUAAAGGUUUAUCAUUAUGGUUUCUUUACAUAAUGAUUUUUCAGUCUUAUACAUUCUCACCAUUAUACUAACUAGUUCCAUGCGAUGUUGAGUUUGCUCAUUUGUUGAUGCAGACUGACCAAAUUAAAGUCAUAGCAGUUUUGCAGAUGGAAAACAAUUAGUAACAUUUUUCCAACUGAAAUCUCUUCUGGAAACAAAAAGGUAUUUUCAAAGCUGGAGCUUGGAAUGUUUAUCCAACUGAUCUCAGAUUAGAACUGAAGCCCGGAAGUUAUCCACCAGCAUGAGUAGAAAACUUAUUGAUGGGUUCAAACCAGAGAAGUCUUCUCUAUCAUAUGCUGAUGUUCAUAAUGAAAUUACCAGGAAUUUGGCAGAGAAUUCUUUAAAAAGUUUUCCGAAUCAGCAAAAGCAAGCAACUUGUGGAAGAGAAAAUGAGGAAGACGAGGUUGUUAAGUAUAUGUCGAGUUUACCAGGUUAUUUGGAGAGGGGAGAAAAAAUCCCUGAUAAGUGUUUGAAUGUUGGAGUCCUUGAUUGGGCCAGUCUAGAACAUUGGCAGUACAGCCAUAAACAUGUACCCCACAGUAGUAGCCGGUGCUCAACAUCGUCUAGUAAUGCAUCAUCUUCUAUUCGUACGGAGGAAUUAUCUGGCAAUUCUAGAAGGGGUCUAAAUUGGUCUCCUUCUCGUCAAAGGAUAAUCCGUCCGUCAUUGCAACCUCACUCAAUGGCUUCUACAAAGCAAGAUCAUUCUAUUGCUGUCAAAUCCUCUGGAGAAAAUGUUGGAAAUCGUCUGAAUCUUAGAGGCAGCCACAGUGAUAUUGACAUACAGAGAAAAUAUGUUCGGACUGUUGAUCAUCUUUCCCAAAACCAUCCUACCAGUAUACUGAAAGCAUGUGACAAGAAACAAUUACGUCCACAUAUUAUUAAGGAAAGGGAUAUCUUGCCAAAUGGCCGAAUUUAUGAGGCAGCAUCAUGUGGUAAGCUGGUAAUGAGCACUCAAGCUAAUCAAAUGGAAAAGAAAGUGGAGAAUUUACGAGAACAAAAUAUUGAUGCGCAUGAUAUGCUUGGGAAAAGAGAUCCCAUUGUUCUUAUUUUACCUAGAGAAAUCCCUGAAAAAAACAGUCAUUGUGGAGCUCCUGAUAUGCAAACCACCUUGGAUCAGAGGUUAGGAAGCCAUAGUCAAACAAGAUUUUCAAUAAAUCCUAAGGAACCUCCCCGUACAUAUCUGAACUGCAAUGUUUCACACUCCUGUUCUCUGCCAGAUGAACUUAGCGAAAGCCAUUCUCAACCUAAAGAGUCACGAUCCAGUUCCAUAGAUUCAGAAAGUUUUAAAAUUCCUGUUUCUAUUUUUUCAGAACCUUCAGCACCUGUACCGGUCAGAAUGAGAAUGAGUCCAUCCAAAUGUAGAAAGGCUGAGGAAAGGAAACACACCAUUGCUGUAUCUUCAUCUGCAAAUGAGCCUCCCAGGGAAGUAAACCAGAAAGUAACUGCUGAGAAAUCAAGAAGCUCUUCACCUUUCCGUCGAUUUAGCUUCAACAUUGGCUUCACAAGUAAAGUUUCUGGUUGUAAAGAGGUUGCACAUGUGCCACACCAGAGCUCCACAGCCACCCUUAAACCUAGUUCAGAAAAUGUGAGAGGCUAUGCUAACUCAAACAUUACAGGCCGUGAUAAACCUGGAAAUGCUGGCAAAAGCAGGUCCAGCCCUUUGAGGAGACUCCUUGAUCCGCUGGUGAAACCGAAGGCAACAAACUACCAUCAUUCUGUGGAGUUAUCUCAAAAAGAUUCAGAAAAUGCGAGAGGUCAUGCUGGCUCAAACAUAUCAGGUGCUGCUGGCAAAAGCAGGUCCAGCCCUUUAAGGAGAUUACUUGAUCCACUUCUAAAACCAAAGGCAGCAAACUGCCAUCAUUCUAUGAAUUUAUUUCAAAAAGAGUCAGUGUUAACAAAUAAGAAUUGUAGGCCAGGUAAUGGGAAAUGUUCCACUCUACUGCCAGAGAAAGAAUUGGACAAAGACCAGAGGUUUGGCUGUUCCACAGUCAACAAUGCGGAAUCGUCAAAUUACGAGAGGUAUAUGCCAUCAGCAUCUCAAGCUCUACUGAGAAUUUCCAUGAAGAAUGGUCAGCCCCUUUUUACAUUUGCUGUUGGCAACAAUAGCAACAUUCUCGCUGCCACACUGAAGAACUCAACUGUUUCAAGACAAGAUGAAUGCAACAGUAUCUAUACUUUUUUCACUUUUAGGGAGGUUAAAAAGAAGAAUGGAAGUCGGACUAAUCACACGGGCAAAAGCAAAGGUUCUGAUUACGUUCCCCAAGUAAUUGCCCAAAUGAAGGUUCCUGAUUUGCUCUAUGAUUAUUCAAAUAGUCAAAAUUGCACGGACUCUAUCACAAAAGAGUUUGUUUUGUUUUCUGUAAAGUUAAAGCAAGGAGAUGCUCAGGUGACUGACUAUAUGCCAAAUGACGAGCUUGCUGCUAUAGUUGUCAAAUCACCCAAGUCUAUCAAUUAUGCACAUCAAAGCAGUUGCCAUAAGGAAUGUCAAGACUUAUUACAGGUAACAGUGGUGCUUCCAAGUGGGGUUCAUAGUCUUCCAAGCAAUGGAGGACCUUCAUCAUUGAUCGAGCGCUGGAAAACUGGUGGAUCCUGUGAUUGUGGUGGUUGGGAUUUGGCUUGUAAACUAAAAAUUCUUGCAAACAAUAACCAAACCUGCAGAAAAUCAAGAACAUCAGAAGCUUAUUUUGCAGAUCAGCAUGAGCUUUUCUUCCAGGGGAAUGACCAAGGUCCAGAUAACCGUCCUGUUUUCAAUUUUUCUCUCUUCGAACCUGGAGUAUAUUCAGUAGCUUUUGGCUCAUCACUUUCACCCUUGCAAGCAUUCUCCAUCUGCAUAGCAAUGGUGGAUGGCAAGCUCCCUUAUGAAAAUUCUGGAUCAAGAAACUCCAUUGAAGGAAAUAAUUGGAGGGAAUCUGUAUCGGUUCAAACAGAUGAACUAAAGGCUCAUGGUAAAUUUGAGGACAUUCCUGGAAGUUACGUUGCUUAUCCUCCGGUCUCUCCAGUUGGAAGGGUCUGAAGUUGAUGGAGUAAAGUUAUUUCUGACGCCUCCUUGCCAUUAAGUGCACAUCUCGGGUAGCCAGCAAAUAAUAGUUCUUUUAGAGUAGUAGUAUGUUAUUCAUAUCUGCUGCAUAGGUGAAAGCCUUGCAAGUUCAUAACUCGAUUAUAUAUCAUCAUUGUCAAAUAACAACCAGUUAAAUUGUGAAUAACAUGAGUAAAUUUUAUUGUAUCUUCUGGUAUUUCAUAUUUGUCCUAUUCACCUGGUUGACCAUUGAAUAAAUCAUUUAUUUACUGUUUCA